UCCACAUCCCACCCAACAACUCUCAUACCCCCCCUGCUUUCAGUGUUUAAGACAGAACUUUGAUGUCUUCCACCUCAGCUGCUUCUAGGGAAAGGAAGACACAGGCUGCUCGCCCCCCCAACCCCUGCAUAGUCUAGAACACACAGAAACCAUGUUUGCACCAGGGUUUGCAUCAUCAUCGAUUUGCUUUGCAGAACGGGGCUGCUGGUCUAGCCUAACUUGGGCUACCUUGCUAAAUGCCUGGCAUCUGAGAAGAUGGUGCCUGCCAACAGCUUUUUGGUUUUGGUAUCUAUUCAAAGCCGUCCCCUCCACUCUCCUCACAGUCAAGACAAUGAUGAUAUUGAGUGAACAGAUACUGGGUGAAUUUGCUCAGUGACUAGGUGUGAGAUAUUCAUGAAGUCUGCAUUUUUUUUUCCUGGUAUGUACUUAUCUAGAAUAACGCCAGCACGACACUGUCAGUUCUCAGUUGGUGGACUCUAGGGGGCCUUCCCCUCUUUAUCUUUUCUCUUUUGAGGCAGGGUCUCUUUCAAGCCUAACUUGCCAAUUAGUGUAAGUGGCUGUGAGCAAGCCUCAGUGGCUGUCCCUAGUGGUGGUUGCUGGGAUUUUUUGUUUGUUUGUUUGUUUUGAGACUUUUUGAGUCUUGCUCUGUAGCCCUGGCUGGCCUUGAACUUGUGAUCCUCCACAGUUGUCCCAGUGUUGUAAUUACAGAGCAUGCUUAGCCUGGCUUCUCUCUCUCUUGAAGGUAUGUUGAUGGGCAUACACACAGACAUAAGACUGCCUGCCAUCCCAUGUUUAUUGCAGAGACUUGGGUCCCUGAAAUGCCAGGGGACAGCAAGUCCCAUGUGGCUGACUGAAAGACAGGGUAUCUGUUUAUGGCUAACAUUUUAAAUACGUUUUCAGGGACAGCUUUGACUGGACUGGCUUCCACUUUCCUCAGGGAGUUGUGAGUACUCAGAGGGACAGGGUGAUGGGGGCAUGAGGGACAUCUCUGAUUGACAGACACUGGCAGUUUGAAGACUCAGAUGUCCAACACCUUGGGCACUUCUCUCCCGGGAGUCAUCUUUUUCCUGUGAUGUCCUAAUAUCCCAGCCCGAAGUCAGGGGUGCACAACGGGAGUUAUGGAUGGGUGAUCCUGAAUAUGCACAGAAGAUGGUUGUGCAUGGCCGACUCCUGUCACGAUUUUGGCUAUCAGGCAGAGACCUCAAGAAUCAUGCUAAGAAGGAGCCAUGUCUGUGCAUUCGCUUCUGUUUGGAUGCAAAUUUCAGUUCGAGUCAUUCCUCUCCAUGAAGAUCUAAGGCAUUGUAUUUUUAACAUUUUGUUUUUUAUCACGCCGAUCCUUGGUUUUUGUAAUACCUUAGUUAUUAUCCCCAAAGGAGGCCUUUACAUCAGUCUAUGCUAUUCUUACUUAAAAGCAGUCUCCCAGGGUUCUAGACCCUCCAUUGGUGGUGCACUCCUGUUAUCCAGGGGAGGAUGACCUCUAGUGCGGUCAAGUCUGUGAGCUUCAGGGUCAGAGAGAGACCGUGUAAAGCAAUCAGGUGGAGGUGGAGCGGACACUGCCGGCAUGUGUAUGUGUUUGGCUCUAUAUAAUUCCACCCUGUGUAGGACAGCCACCACCACAGGCAGAGGCAGAAGCAGUGCCUGGCUUUUCAAAAUACAGUUACUUCCUGCUACGACCCCAGCCUUUCCUUAUCCCUCAUAACCUCUAAUCUGGUUUUCAUUUCUAUAAUUUUAUCAUUUCAAAAAUGUCACUUCAAUGAGAAAAUAAUUUCUACACAUGCACAGAUGUGCACCUGCACAGUGCAUGCAAACAUGGGAACACACACACACACACACAGACACACCCAGAGGAGCACACACACACGCACACACACACACACACACUCGUACACAGGAGCACACACACAUGGGAACAUACACACACACAUACACACACUCUCUCUUUCACAUACACACACGGGAACACACACACACUACACAUGCACACACACAGGAGCACACAUACACACACUACACACACACACACUCUCUCACACACACAUCACACACACACACUCUCUCUCACACACACACACACACUCACCCUCUCUCUCUCUCACAUAUACACUCACCCUCUCUCUCUCACACACACACAUACACACUCACCCCCUCUCUCACACACAUACACCCGCUUUCUCUCACACACACACACUCUCUCUCCCUCUCUCACACACACACUCACCCCCCUCUCUCUCUCACACACACAUCACACACACUCACACACACUCUCUCUCACACACACACUCACCCUCUUUCUCUCUCACACACACUCACUCUCUCUCACACACACACUCUCUCACACACACACUCACCUCUCUCUCUCACACACACACAUCACACACACUCACACACACUCUCUCUCACACACACACUCACCCUCUUUCUCUCUCACACACACACUCUCUCUCACACACACACACUCUCUCACACACACACUCACCUCUCUCUCUCACACACACACAUCACACACACAUCACACACACUCUCUCUCUCACACACACAAACACCCUCUCUCUCUCUCACACACACACAUCACACACACAUCACACACAUCACACACACACUCUCUCUCACACACACACACAUCACACACACAUCACACACAUCACACACACACUCUCUCACACACACACACUCACCCUCUCUCUCACACACACACAACUCACCCCCUCUCUCUCACACACACACACACUCACCCUCUUUCUCUCACACACACACUCACUCUCUCUCACACGCACACACACACUCUCACACACACACACUCACCCUCUCUCUCUCACAUACACACACAUCACACACACACUCUCUCACACACACUCUCUCUCUCACACACACACAAACACCCUCUCUCUCUCACACACACACACAUCACACACACAUCACACACACACUCUCUCUCUCUCUCACACACACACACACACUCACCCUCUCUCUCUCUCUCUCUCUCUCUCACACACACACACACACACACACACACACACACACACACGCAGUCCUAUCGUUCUUCAGGAGAGUCAGAUACCUGCCCCUGAACUACAGCUGCAGCAUGCAGUGUAUAGCCUAGCCUUCCCCAGGAGCUUUCUUCACAAAAUGUGUCUGAAAGGCUCGCACACCUUUCACAGCUACUGGGGCACACUGGGCAAGAAACAAGGAGCUUGCAGCUUCAGAAAUGAGGCAAGGCGCACCUGUCCCUUUAAUCAGGACGUGCAAAGACAACAGUGGGUCAUUUACAUGAUAAUAGAUGAAGUAAUAUAUGCAAAGGUGUCUUGUGAAACCCCUGAGAGCAAUGCACACCUCAAACCCGUCUACUCAACAAGUAGAGAGUAAUUAAAGAUUCAUAGGUGAGCGCUGAGAAUGAGAUUCAUUACAACAGGGCAUCUGAACAGGUGUCACAGAGGACUUCACAAAGAUGAGUAGGUGGCACUGAAAGGGAUAGAUAGUUAAUGUACACGGGCUGGAUGGUGCUCUGGGGAGCAUGCAGAGUGACAAAGGCCAGUCCCAGAAACCGCACACUGUAAUUUCCCAUUUAAAUGACAUUUUUGAAAUGAUAAAAUUACAGAAAUGAAAACCGGAUUAGAGGCUACCAGGGAUAAGGAAAGGCUGGGAUGGUAGCGGGAGGUAGUUGUAUUUUGAAAGGCCAGGGACUUCUGCCUGUGGUGGCCGUCCUACAUGUGGUGAAAUUAUAUAGAGCCAAACACACACACACAUACAGGCGCACACAGGCUCACACGCACACACAUACCAUAUAAGCACAGGCAUGCAUGCACGCAUGCACACACACAUAUACACACACACACAGAGAGAGAGAGAGAGAGAGAGAGAGACAGAGACAGAGACAGAGACAGAGAGAGACAGAGACAGAGACAGAGACAGAGAUAGACGGGUGGAUGGACAGACAAAGAGACAGAGACAGACAGACAGAUGAGUAGACCUGGGUGAUUUCCAUAUGUUCCAUGGACCUUACUGAGGCCUGUGUCUUAGUUGUGAAGUCAGACUAUGGUUCUACUGUAAGAUAAACCCCUAUACAGGCCAGGCCUCAGCCUCCUGAAUGAUGAGAUUAGAUGCAUACUUUCUGGAGGGAGGGGGUUUAAUUGGAGAUAAGCUCCCUGACACUAACUGCAAGGUGAACCCUAACCCAAUCCCUGCCCCUAACUCCAACCCUAGCCUACCCAUAACUCUACCCCUAACCCGAACCCGAACCCUAACCCUCCCAAACCCUACCCCUACCUCUACCCCUACCUCUACCCUUACUCCAACCCCUAUCCCUACCCCAUACCCUAACCCUGGGUGUGGGUGGGGCCGGAGGAGGAGACCAUGACUAGGGAGGUGCAGCUGGAGUAGAGAAGCCGGGAACGAAAGAUGGAGUCCAAGACAUAGCACAGAUCCAGUCCUUCCAGCAGGAACGAUGGUUCCGAAGCCAAGAUUUCCAAAUCAAUACUGAAUUGUUGACACAGCCGUUUAUCUC